UAAAUCCUUUAGAGAUGGAUGAAAGGCUCUAUGGAUCUUUGCCUCAUGCCCCUUCGGAAUACCUCCAACAAUGGGUUCAGUCAGCUCAGCAGCAUCUGCAGGCCCUUCAAGCUCAGUAUCCUCACAUGGCUAAUGGCAAUGCUGGUUUUAUGAUGGAGGGACGCAGAGAAGAUGGAGGCAUGCCGCAGAUGCCUGUACACCCAGAGGAUGCCGCCCAAGUGGAGCCUGCGGCUGCACAGAAAGCACCUGCUAAAGGAAAGCGAGGAAGGGCAGCGAGCAAAGAACCUAAAGCCAAAGGUGAACCUAAAGCCAAACCUGGACCCAAACCCAAAAAAGCCAAGGAGGAUAAGGAGGCCCCGCCAGCUGAAGGACAGGAGAAGAUUGACGGAGCCUUCAAGAAAGUCAAGAGGAAAGUCGAUCGCUUCAAGGGCAUGUCGGAGGAGGAAGUCAUGAAGAGAACACUGCCUGACAUUCUUACCCCCAAUCUGGACUAUGUCAUUAUCGGAAUUAAUCCAGGGUUGAUGGCGGCCUACAUUGGAAGAUGGUUUCCUGGACCAGGAAACCAUUUUUGGAAGUGUCUGUUCCUGUCUGGAUUCACAGAGAAGCUGCUAAAUCACAUGGAUGAUCAGAGUUUGCCUGAGAAAUACAGCAUCGGCUUCACAAAUAUGGUAGAGAGAGCGACACCGGGAAGCAAAGAUCUCUCUAGCAAGGAGCUUCGAGAAGGUGGUAAAAUCUUAGUGGAAAAGAUAAAGAAAUUCAAGCCACUCAUAGCAGUUUUUAAUGGAAAAUGUAUAUAUGAAAUGUUCUGUAGGGAGAUAUUUGGGAAGAAGCCCAAAACACUUGAAUUUGGCCUACAGCCUCACAGGAUUCCUGACUCUGAGACGGCGUUGUACCUGAUGCCCUCCUCCAGCGCCCGCUGUGCUCAGUUUCCUCGUGCUCAGGACAAAGUGCAUUUUUACAUCAAGCUGAGAGAGCUCCGAGAUCAGCUGAAGGGUGUUGCGAAGCCCAAGGAGAUCGAAGAAGUGAACUACUCGUUUGAUCUUGGCAUGGCCAAAGAGGACGCUAAGAAGAUGGCCAUCAAGGAAGAGCAGUAUGAUCCUGGUUAUGAGACAGCUUUCGGAGGGGCGUAUGGAGAACCGGCACCUGAAGGAGGUCAAAGCAAUGGAUAUUGUAACUUCUCCACAUCUGAGGAGAAAGCUGACGCAGCGGAGAGGGCGCCUACGAAUCCAAACGCGGGUGGCCAGGUUCAAGACGGUCAGUGGAUGACGCAGUCUUUUGCCGAUCAGAUCCCAGACAUCGGCAGCUCCUCUCAAGCCCAAAGCUGGGGUGUAUGAGGAAGGACCGUUCUCAGGGACUUCAGACGAAGCCUGUCGGUUCCUGUGCUCUUCCAGAGAUGCUGUGCCUCUUAUCUUCUCUCAGUCGAAUCCAGGAGUCUUUGGGGCAUUGGUUUCUUUCUCCUGUGCGUUGCUGUGACAGUCUGUU